AUGUCCGCGACCUUGAAGGCUCUGGGCUGGGACCUCGACGCGGAUCCGGCGAGCACCUCAGGACCGAACCCGGACUGGCUCACGGAAGAGUCGCGCGAUGAGCUCGCGGAUCUCUUGGUCAAGGCUGACGGCCUGAUCAAGGAGCGACAGAACGAACUCGGCCUGACGGUGAAUACCCUGAAGAGCCUCUACGAUAAUAACGCCGCCCUCAAGACCCAGCACCGCGCGCUGCUUGCCCGCAUCCCCGCCAGCCCCAUACCCUCCCCCGGCCCGGAGUCGCGACCGGGCUCGCCAGCGUGGUUCGCGGACAAGCUGCCCCGCGCGAUGUCGGACGUCUUCGCUCGCGGCCCGAUGCGCCAUACGCGCAAGAUAUCCGUGUCGCAGUCCGAUCUGUCAUACCUCUCCGAGCAGAACGCGGAGCUGCUCGACAAGCUGAGCAAGCUUGAGGCGGAGUCGUCGCAAGCGGACCAGAAGGGUCGCCGGAUGCUGCAACGUCUGGAAGGAGAGAUCGCGCAGCUACGCGAGGAGCUCGACAAGGCGCAGGCGCGCAGUGUAGAGCUCGAAGAGCAGACCCGCACUUCCCCUCCCCGCGAGACGGUCGAAGAACGGAAGGAGCGCAUCAUGACGGCUCGGAAGAUGUCGAGUGCGCAACAUGAGCCUGAGCCGGUCGAGGAGGAAGUCAAAGACUUCGCACCUGGAGGCGCGUUAUGCAGCAACACGUCGUACACCACGCCGAAGAAGUCGAGGAGGGACGAAGAAGAGGAUGAUUUCCCAGAAGAGCAUGUUCGGUCCCCUUCCACGCAGUCACUCAUCUCCCAGUUGCUUGCGAAGAUCCAAGAGCUCGAAGACACGAACCAGCGUAUUGUCGAGCAGCAGCAUGAUACCAACAGCCGACUGCAAUCUGUACAGAGGGAGACGGAGAACAUUAGCAGACUCUACGAAUGUCUCAACGAUCCCAACAACGUGCAACUCGAACUGAUCGAGGAAGGCGGUGUCGAGCAGCCCACUGCACAGAAGGCGACCUCAGCGAAGGACACAAUCCGUUUCCAGAGCUUCCGCCGAACGCUGGAGCAGGAUGUUGCCAAACACCUUAGCGCGGAGAGCACUGCACCAUCUCAGAUCACCAAGACGCGCAAGUCUGUCAUGGGUCUCUUCGACUCGCCCUCUACCUCUCAAGUUGCGAACCGCUCUCAGAAUGACUCUUCCUCAUUGCGCCUCCCUCCGAUUCCCUUCCGUGCUCAUACCACCUCCUUCUCCGCCGACACCUCCUUCAGCCUGAGCCAUCCUGCUUCUCCUGCCCUUUCCGCGCUUAGCCUCGCUUCGCAUACUGGACAUGCCGCACACCCUAGCUUCAGUCAAGUCUUCAGCCAGCUGCCAACACCCUCGCACGAGCAGCACCCGACCUUGCAGGCCGAGCUCGGCGGCGAGGCGCUCGAUGGACAGUGGGGUUUGCAUGGAGAGUCGCAUCUGCGACGCUCGUCGCUCUAUAGCUUCAGCUCGAUAUCAGUGCCCCCAUCACCCUCGCCCAUGCCAGCCUCGUCCUCGCUCGCAUUCCCUCCUAUCACACGCUCACGAUCGCCCUCCCCUUCACCAGCACGUGCCGCUCCGCAGACGCCUAUCCGCCAGCCGAUGUUCUCCCUGGAACCGCCCACGCCGGACACCCCGCUGACUGCAAAUGGGGACCGCUUGGAAACCCCGCAAGCGCAGCGCUAUAGACGCAUGUCUCAAACGGUCCGCGCGCGCACGACGCGCUGGGUCGAGGGCCGCUUCCGCGACUCCCUGCUCGGUGAGACGACACCAGGGCGCAAGGACCUGGCAGAGGCGCUCGAGGCGAUGGCGGAGGGCUCCAUCACACCCGGUCCGAUGUCGCCCAUCGCACUGCCUGGACCCGUCCCCGAGGAAGAGGACGAGCAGACUCAGAGGCAUGUGCCGACGACGGCAGUGGAAAGGUCGCCGCAGAAGGGUGUCGCGAAUUCCAAGCAGAAGGGCGUGGUCAAGCUGGUCGUGGAGGCGUGGCUGUGGCUGCAGUUCCUGCUGAUCAUCCUGGUGUUCGUGUGGGCGAUGGCGAAGCGGGGACCCAAGGCCGUGCUGCGCGAGGCGGAGAGGAAGAGGAGGGCGGGUGCAUGA